CCCCAAAUCCCCACUCCCCAUACCUUACACAAACCCAUCUCCCUCUAGCACUCGCUGCUAACUUAUUCAUCAAUCGCCCAAAAGGUCCUUGAAAUCUCAAUUAUUUUGCCCUCAAAAUCUCCUCUAACUCGAUUUGUAAGCCCUAAUAGUUCAGAAAUGCCGUUAUUUUCGGAAGAUUCAAGCGCUAUUAGGUCCAGAUUUAGGUCACAACAAGAUCACUCUUCUACAGCAACUCCAAUGGAUACGCCGGCUUCAAUGUCAUUGUCGUCAGUAAAGAGCACUCCUAAUCUCAGACUCUUCAAGUCAGCUGCUAAGGACAGGAUCGACACUUCGCACAGCAAGGAUAUGUUGGAGUCUCAAAACCGGAGCUUUGAGUUCCACGAAGAUCCUUCAUUUUGGAAAGAGCACAAUGUCCAGGUUAUUAUAAGAAUACGCCCGUUGAGUAACUCCGAGAUAUCUUUACAAGGGCAUUCUAAAUGUGUAAGACAAGAAAGCUCUCAGACCAUCACUUGGACAGGACACCCAGAAUCACGUUUUACAUUUGAUAUGGUUGCUGAUGAGAAUGUUACUCAGGAGAUGCUCUUUAAAGCUGCUGGAGUACCCAUGGUGGAAAACUGUGUGGGAGGCUACAAUAGUUGUAUGUUUGCCUAUGGACAAACUGGAAGUGGAAAAACACACACCAUGCUUGGAGAUAUUGAAGGAGGCACCCGAAGACAUAGUGCAGAUUGUGGGAUGACACCUAGGGUAUUUGAGUACAUGUUUUCAAGAAUUCAAAAGGAAAGGGAGGCACGCAGGGAGGAAAAUAUAAAGUUCACUUGUAGAUGCUCUUUCUUAGAAAUAUACAACGAGCAAAUUCUUGACCUUUUGGAUCCUUCCUCAGUCAACUUGCAGAUUAGGGAAGAUACUAAAAAGGGGAUUCAUGUAGAAGAUCUCAAAGAAGUGGAAGUUACGAGUGCUCGAGAUGUGAUGCAGCAGCUUCUUCAGGGUGCUGCAAACAGAAAGGUAGCUGCAACCAACAUGAAUCGUGCUAGUAGCCGUUCACACAGUGUUUUUACAUGUGUGAUAGAGAGCAAAUGGGAAUCUCAAGGAGUAACUCACCACCGGUUUGCUCGUCUUAACCUUGUCGAUUUGGCAGGCUCUGAAAGGCAGAAAAGCUCAGGAGCUGAAGGUGAACGUCUAAAGGAAGCUACUAACAUUAACAAAUCUCUUUCAACAUUGGGAUUAGUGAUUAUGAACUUGGUCAGCAUAUCUAAUGGAAAGUCACAACAUGUUCCUUACCGAGAUUCAAAGCUCACAUUUCUACUCCAGGAUUCACUGGGAGGGAAUGCAAAAACAUGUAUAGUUGCAAAUAUUAGUCCUUCCAGCUGCUGUUCAUUGGAGACUCUAAGCACAUUGAAGUUUGCUCAACGUGCCAAAUUCAUCAAAAAUCAUGCUGUCGUAAAUGAAGAUGCUUCUGGAGACGUUCUUGCAAUGAGGAUACAAAUUCAAAAUCUGAAGAAAGAAGUAGCACGUCUUAGGAGUAUGGUUGAUGGAGGAGCUGAAAACCAUGAAAAUGAUGCUUGGACUGUUGCUUUUCCAGGAUCGCCUGCAACUGUUAGAUGGGAAGGGCUUCAUGGAUUAUCUAGUCCGCUUACAUCAGAUAAACGGAUGUCUAAGAAAAAAGACUAUGAAGUUGCCCUUAUUGGAGCUUUUAGGAGGGAGAAGGAUAAAGACAUUGCAUUACAAGCAUUAACUGCUGAAAAUCAGGCAGCGAUGCAGCUGAUCAAACAAAGAGAAGCUGAGAUACAGGGUUUGAAGAUGAGACUAAGGUUUCGAGAAGCUUCAAUAAAAAGGCUCGAAUCAGUUGCUUCAGGAAAGAUAUCUGCCGAGAUGCACUUGCUAAAGGAGAAAGAGGAGCAUUUGAAGGAAAUAGAGGUCUUACGGAAUCAGGUUGAUCGCAACCAAGAAGUUACAAGAUUUGCUAUGGAGAAUUUACAGCUAAAAGAAGAGAUCGGAAGAUUGAAGUCAUUUUAUGAGGAAGGUGAGCGAGAAAGAAUGAAUGAACAGAUUGCGAUGCUGCAGGAUAAGUUGCUAGAAGCACUUGACUGGAAACUUAUGCAUGAAUCUUGUCCUGCAACCGUUCAGAAGGGAAGUUCUGAGCUUGGGAUGCAUAUUGAGAAUGAUCUGAACCUGCUAACAUCUUGUCAGCCGGCUUCACCUUGGCGUACAUCAAUCAAUGAGGAGAAUGAGUUCCUCCGUGUCCAGGCAAUUCAGAACCAAGCAGAACUGGACGCACUGCAUAGAAAACUUGAUUUUUGUGUUGAAGAGAGAGAAAAAUUGGAAAGGCAAUUGAAUGACUUGGAAAAAGAGCUAGAAUUUGAGAGAUCAUCUAAAGCAGUUCUGGUGGAAGAAUCAAAGAAGGGUCAAAAUGAGCUGCCUUCUGCUGCAAAUGAUCAGAUGCCCGCUAUCGCUGUCGGUGAUCAGGCAGAGCUAAAAACAAUUGUUGAUGCUAUUGCAGCAGCAAGCCAAAGAGAAGCAGAAGCUCAUGAAACUGCAAUUUCCUUGUCUAAGGAAAAUGAUGAACUGAGGGUGAAGCUCAAAGUCUUAAUUGAGGACAAUAACAAACUGAUUGAACUGUAUGAGCAAGCAGUAGCAGAAAAGAACAAUGAGAAUGAUCCAAGUCAGAACUGCCAACAAAAGAGUGUUCCAUCAGGGGAACAUGCUUUAGAGAAUCAUUCUUUAGAUGACAAUGUUCGAUCAGGGGAUUUAGAAACUUUAGAGGAGGAUGGCUUGCACGAGGUAGAUGUACAUGAUGAAUACAGCCAAUGUUCUUUUCUUCCAGAGAAAAACAAUAUUUCUGACUCAGAAGAACUAUCCUGCUGCAAGACUACAGAGAUGAUAGAGAAAAAACCUUCAGAACCAAAUGAAGAAAAUACUUUUGAAACUUUGGACAAAGCUGAUUACAUGAUGGUGGAAACUGUUUUUCCUGAAUCAACCGCAGAAGCUAGUACAUAUGAGCCUCCCGAGGAUCCUUGUGCCUCCAAUCUGAAGCAGGAUGUUGAGAUGGAAGACCAGUCAUCAAAUGUUUUGCGGAAACACGUACCAGAAGAGCUAAGUUUGGUGAGAAAGAAGCUUGAAGAAGCACAGGAAAAGCUUCUAAAAUCUGCUAACACCAUAAGCAUGUUUGGUUCACUAGAGAGGGCAAUUGUAGAGGUUGAUGAGCUUACGGGAGAAAUUGAAAGACUCGAAGAGAGUAUUGAAGUGAAAAAACAAGGAUACACAUCGUUCAAGCUUCAGUCUUCACAAAUGCUUGAAAAGAAAGUUUUGCUCGAUAAAAAGCUAUCAGCACUAAGAUUCUCACUAUCAAGCUUUUCCUCAUCAGUUUGCUUCUUUGAACAACGGGAAGCUCAAGCAAGAGCAAGAUUAGAUGCUUCAAAUACUAGUCUCAACCAAAAGAGAGCAAAACUGGCUCAUCUUCAAGCAUCUAAAGCUGAGUUCCUGGAUGCACAGGUGCAGACUAAACAGUCCGAAUCUGAAUUAAGAAACAUCUUAGCAGACUUGAAAUCAAGAUUGGAAGAGGAGAAUCGAAGGCUGGAAAGUGACAGGGUUCUCUUUCCCAUAGAUAACAUUGAGAAACCUGAUAUCCAAUUGCCAGAAAGGAAUUGGCAGUUGAGUGGCAAAGCUACUGAAUUACUUAAGUCUGAGGAAGAAAAAACAAAGAUACAAAAUCAAAUAAAGCAGAUUAAGGAAAAUUUGGGGAUGAAGAAAAAGGAAACUGAAGAGUUGAACGUGAAAAUGCUGAAGUCGGAGAGUGAAAUUGAGGCUAUUGAAAAGGAGAUACAGAAUGGUUUGCAGUUGGUAGAGGAGAUGGGUAACAAGCUUCAAAGUGUCAUCCGGGAGAAGGAGAUGAUCUUGGAAAUGAAAGAGGACGGGAAGCAUGAGUUUGAGAGCAUGAUUCUUGAGUACCAUGAAAGUAUGUUCGAAGCCUCGUUGAAGGAGGAAGAGUUGCAGAUUCUGGAUGAAGCAUUGCACUUGGAAAUGAAAAAAAUAGAAGAUUUACAAAGAGCUAAGGCUCUUGCCACGACCAGAAAAAGUCAGUUGCUGAAUGCAUUUUCAUGCCAAUCAUGCUCUUUUUCCGACAAGGUAGAGGAGGAUCUACAUGAUAUACGAAGGUCAGUGCUUGAGCUGAACCCGUUGCUUGGACUUGACAACUAGCAUCUUCUCUUUGCAUGCUGCCCUCAUGUAUUGCCAAUGUAAUUUCUCCUCUAGCAAACCAUUAUGUAUUACAAACUAUUAUUAUGAUUGUGAAUAACUUGUGAAAAGUUCAAUCAAUCUGAAAGAAAGUAAUCUCUC